UCAAGAAUCGACACUGCACCGGUGCUAUUGAAAAUUGAAAGGAAUUUUUUUCUGCGAGGCUCCGAAUAAUAGAAAAAUCGCGAUGAAUUUCGUCAUUCGUUAUUUUGGAAUUUUUUUCCUAGUCUUGGGGACAUUUACUAGUAAUUCAGCAUUUGUAAUCGACAUAUACCGAGAUGAUAACAGUCACUAUGGAAAUGAUUUAAUCGAGGAUUUGAAUACCAGGAAGGAUACUUGGGACUACGAAGUGGUGACUCUGUACAAAUUUCUGAAUGCGGAAUACUAUGGAAUCAUCCGCAUUGGACAUCCUGCCCAGGAAUUCAAAGUAAUAUUCGACUCAGCGUGGGCUGAUUCAUGGGUGCCCUCUCAACAUUGUGGACUCACAGAACUCGCCUGCAUGCUCCAUAGUCGAUACGACAGUUCGAAAUCCUCAACUUACAAGGAAAAUGGUGCAAUAUUCUCUCGAAACGAUGCAGAGAUGGGACUUGGCGGAUUUCUCUCUGUCGACAAUUUUCACUUGGAGCACCUGGAGGUGGUAAACCAGACAUUUAUCGAAAUGACCCACAUGUCGUGGAAGCCAUUCGCACUUCAGAAAGCCGAUGGGAUCAUUGGCCUGGGUUGGAAGAAUAUAGCUGUCAAAGGGACAGUUCCCUUUUUUUACAACAUGAUCAAGCAGAAACUAGUAAAGCAAAAUAUCUUCACAUUUUACAUGAAUCGAGACGAAACAACGAAUAAAGCUGGAAAGCUGAUCCUGGGUAAUACCGAGAGAUCUCAUGCCAAAGGCGACCUGACGUAUGUGAGAGUCGUAGAUAAGGGCUAUUGGACAAUUCAAAUGGACAGGCUAACGAUCGAUGUGAAACAAAUUAAUAAAACGUAUGCUUUCUGCAAGAAUAAUUGCAAAGUUGUGAUGGACACGAGUGCUAAUACCAUCAGUGGGCCUGCCAAUGAAAUUCAAGCUAUAAAUAAUGUAUUGGGGGCAAAAAACCUGUGGCCUUACUGGCCUUAUAAAUACAUGGUAAAUUGUCGUGAAUAUGCACUGCUGCCUCAUGUUAGCUUCGUCUUCAAUGAUAAGGCAUUCACAAUAGAUUCUAAAUAUUACGUUCAACAUGUGGUUUACCAUGGAAUACAAGUGUGCCUGUCUCCAUUCGUACCGAGUGACAUUGAAACUUGGGAAUUAGGAGGUGCAUUUCUAAUGCAAUUUUACACAGAAUUCAAUUUUGAUAACGAGAGCAUUGGAAUUACUCGUAAAGCUCAUUCUUGGUUGGGUGCUGACAGUCACAUGACCCAGGAUGAUUCAACAACAAGCCACUGGGGGGUUAAGAACGCCUCAGAGUGCAGUGAAAUUGUCAUAACGUGUUGCAGUCCACAGCCGACCGCAAUAAAAUUUCUUCCAUUCAAUUGUUCCUCGAUAUAUAAAAUAAUCAGUAUUUGCAAAAUGCUGCGUUUCGUGGCGAGUCUCGCCCUUGUUUUGGCACUUGUCAGUGCUGAUCUCGUGAGAGUUCCAGUUCACCGGAUAACGACCGUGAGAAAGACCCUGAAAGCGGUAGGAACUGAACUCUAUCAACUUCGAUUGAGAUAUGGGAGCCAAGGUCCAGAGCCAGAGCCUCUGUCGAAUUACAUGGAUGCUCAGUACUACGGGGAAAUCGCCAUUGGCACUCCCCCUCAGAAGUUCAAGGUCGUGUUCGACACGGGCUCAUCGAACCUCUGGGUACCAUCCAAGAAGUGUCACAUCACCAACAUCGCUUGUCUCAUGCACUCCAAGUACGACAGCUCAAAGUCAUCGACUUAUAAGGCCAAUGGGACUCUGUUUGCCAUUCAGUAUGGGUCGGGAAGUCUGUCUGGAUUUUUAUCCACUGACUCUCUCAAUAUUGCAGGAUACGACAUCAAUGACCAGGGAUUCGCUGAAGCCCUGAGCGAACCAGGACUGGCCUUUGUGGCUGCCAAAUUCGAUGGUAUCCUAGGUAUGGCGUACAAGAGUAUCGCAGUUGACGGUGUGAUCCCACCAUUCUACUCAAUGUAUGAUCAGGGCCUUAUCAAGCAGAAGAUCUUCAGUUUCUACCUCAACAGAGAUCCAAAUGUUAAACCCGGUGGUGAAAUGAUCCUGGGUGGCUCUGACCCAGACCACUACGAGGGAGACUUCACAUAUGUCCCAGUGGAUCGUCAGGCCUAUUGGCAGUUUGGUAUGGAUUCAAUUAACAUUGGAGAUAAGAAAUUCUGUAAAUUGGGUUGUCAGGCAAUAGCUGACACUGGCACCUCCCUCAUCGCUGGACCUGUCCUCGAGGUUGAAGCGAUCAACAAGGCCAUUGGCGCCACUCCCAUAGUCUCUGGAGAAGCCAUGAUCAACUGUAAUCUUGUUCCCAAGUUACCAGUCAUCAAGUUCUUUAUUGGGGGGAAAGAAUUCUCACUUACUGGAGAGGAGUAUGUUCUCAAAGUAACUCAAUUUGGAAAGACUGUUUGCCUGAGUGGAUUCAUGGGAAUUGACAUCCCACCACCAAAUGGACCCCUCUGGAUCCUUGGAGAUGUAUUCAUCGGUCGUUACUACACGGAAUUCGACAUGGAGAAUAAUCGCGUUGGUUUCGCUGUCGCUAAGUAAAGAUUCCUUCGGAGAUUAUGUGAUUCGUUUAUCGAAUUAAAUUAUUGAGUGGACUAAGUAGAAUGGAAUUCACUCGUGGAGUUGACCAUUUGUUUUUCAUUUUUGACUUUUAUAAUUUUGUGUCCACUCGUGUCGAUUUAUACUCGUAUUCGAAUUAAAAUACUUUUUCAAAUAAAUUUUAGAUGUGUGUAUUUAGGAGUUGUUAUUGAAAUUUAAUAAAUUGGAGGGUUCUGAUAUUUUGUAUCAAAGAAA